UACAACUCACAAAAAUGAAGCAAUUUGUGAUUUGUUUUGCCGCUUUGGUGAAUAUCUUACCAGUUAUCGCGGUUGUUCUGUCUCAGGAAACACAGCAGCUGCUGUUGGUAUCAUUUGAUGGUUUCCGCUGGGACUAUUUGGACAAAGUGGACACUCCGAAUUUCGAUCGAAUGGCCAGACGUGGUGUUAAGGCGAAAUAUAUGACCCCUGCGUUCCCCACAUUGACGCUCCCAGCGCACCACACCAUUGCUACAGGAUUGUACCCCGAGAGCCACGGAGUAGUUCAUAAUAUCAUGUAUGACCCAGACUUGAAUGAAACGAUAACCAGAGAAACAAGAAACGAAUCCAAGUGGUGGGAUACAGGGCCGCACCCAUAUGGGUUACAGCCAGGAAGAAAAAGCGCAACAUUCAAUUACUAUGGUGGCGAAGUAAAGAUAAAGAAUUAUACAGCAACGUAUUUUGUAAGCGAGGAUCCCGUAAACAGUAGUGUUACUCGAGAAGAGGGCGUAAAGGCAGCGAUUGCGUGGCUAACAGAAGGAGUAGCUUUCGUGGCUGUUCAUUUCAGCGAGCCGGACCAUGUUGGGCAUGCAUACGGUCCUGAUUCGGAUGAAGUUAAACAGCAGAUCACUAAUGCUGAUGAAACCCUUGGACGAUUGUUGGACAAGAUAGAAGCGUCUCAGCUGUCUAACAAAGUGAACAUCAUUGUAACGAGUGACCACGGUAUGGCGAACAUUUAUAGAGAUAAGAAGGUUCAACUCUACGAUUUCAUUAAUCCAGACGACGUAACCUAUAUUGUAGCAAAUUACGGGCCACUGGCUAUGAUUCUUCCAAGAGAAGGAAGGCUGGAACCUGUUUUACAACUGCUGCAGAACGCCAGUGUUCAUAUGAAAGUUUAUCGUAAGGAAAACGUUCCCAACAGACUUCAUUUUAGUUCGAACAACAGGAUAUUACCGAUCAUAGCUAUGACUGAGGACCCCUGGGAGAUAUUUACGGUAUUCGAUGGAACUAAACUCGAGGCUGGCGGUCAUGGCUUUGACAAUGAUGACGUUAAUAUGAGGACCAUUUUCCUUGCCGAGGGACCAUCUUUUAAGAAGAAUCUAAUAGUUGACCCAUUUGAAUCCGUGCAGCUUUACGAACUGAUGUGCCACGUAAUAGGCUUAAAUCCAGCUCCAAACAACGGGUCCCUUGAGGUGCUGCGUUCCAUGCUCUUAGACAGCGAGACAAAUGCCGCAGUUUUGGCUGGCACAGCAAACGCACUGGCUGGGUUCAUCGCAUGUGGGUUAAUUUGGAUACUGCAUUAAGCUACAGGGUUUUCAUUACCAUUCUUAUUUAUUUCUAUACAAGUCCAUUUUUACAAUGACUUUUACCUAACGACAUUUAUUCUAUAACUCUGGUACCAUAUCAAUUCAAAAAUAGAUUUACACAAAGGUUGACAUUUAGACAGUAUCAUCAUCAAUCUCCCUGUUCUCCAUUCUCUCUCUUUUUUUUUUAUCUCCCCGAGGUUUCAGCUGUAGCAUCAUGCUACCCAGAGUUACAGAGAGUUCAUUGCCAACAAACCUCUUUUAUCAGAAUGCAGUUAAUGCAAACGUCAGAUUCACGUUAAUAACAGAGAAUAAUGUUCAAUAAUUUUUGCCUUAUUCACGUUGUAAUGGAUGUCUCCAGCUGAAGAUCUUCAGUAAGCUAGGCUAGGCUACUAACUGAUAACCUGACCUGCCAGGACAAGGAAACUGCAACUCGAGACACGUUUUUUGUCAUAGAAAUCUUUUCAAUUAACGUUCAAUAAUCUCAUUUCUGCGACUGCGCUACAUGUGCGACAAAUGUCAAAGUACUUUAA